AAUUAACAACACCAGAAACAACAGGUGUUGGCGAGGAUGUUGAGAAAAGGGGAACCCUCUUGCACUGUUGGUGGGAAUGCAAACUGGUGCGGCCACUGUGGAAAAUAGUAUGGAAUUUACUCAAAAAGUUAAAAAUAGAACUACCCUAUGAUCCAGUAAUUACACCACUGGGCAUUUACCUGAAGAAAAUGAAAAGACUAAUCUGAAAAGAUAUAUGCAUCCCUAUGCUUAUUGCGUUAUUUACAACAGCCAAGAUAUGGAAGCAGCCAAACGUCCAUCGAUAGAUGAGUGGGACAACUCUGGCAGCUCCCUUGUGUGCCAGGUGAACAACACUUGGAUUCAGAUGGGGGUGGUGAGCUGGAGCCUUAGCUGCAACCGGCACCACCUCCCAAGCAUCUAUACCAGCACCUCCCAGUUCACCCACUGGAUCAAGAGGCAGAUCAGCGACAUGAGGUUCAUCAGUAGGGGUGAUCCUGCCUUCCUGAGCCCGGUCGCCCGCACUGGUUACAUUCUGCUGGUGUCCUUGGGCUCCCUGUGGCUCCUUUGAGUGAUGUUUCUGGGGCAGGUCCUCCCAGAGGCCACUUCUUCCUCCCUCUGGCUCCCUCAGGAGAUGUGCAGACCUAGGGAGCACAUGACAUCAGGACAGAGUGCCCUCGGGGGAGGGUCCCAGAGCCACUGGUUUUUAAGUUGUUCAAUGAAGAUGCU